AUGAAACGCAUCCCUUCUCCUGGUCCAUCCCAGACCAAUUCCCCCCAAGCAGAAGUCAAAAUCAUGCCCAACCCCGACGGAAACCCCCAGCGUGGACCCCCAUCAGAACCUGACGAGGAAACAUACUACGAAAAUUACAAGCUGGGAGUGAUCAAGUACUGGGCGGCCAAAGCAGAGGCUCUCAAGCAACCCGUGGCCUUUGGGGCUCCUGUGAAACCCGCUCUUCCUCUCCGGAUUGACUAUGACGGGAUCAUCAAACCUGCUGAAGCCCAGAAGCCCGCCAAAUACAAAGACACGGAAAGCUACUCUACUCUGUCUGAUGAUGCGGUUGCAGACAUUCUGAAACAAGCCAAACCGGACUGCGAAAAGGCCCAGGCAUGGAUCAAGGCCCAUGAAUCCAGCAAGAUAGCAAGGGAGCGCAGAAGGGCGAAAAUCCUGGAACGAGAAGAUCUAAGAAAACGCAUUUUCGAGAAAAUGCGGAGCAAGACCCUCGCUGCGAUCAAGGCUAACGCACUGAAGAAGAAAGAGGAGGAGGAGGCUCAGGAGGCUGAAGAAAAGGCGGCCGAAGAAGAUUCAGUGGAACUCCCCGUUAAGGAACAAUUUGAAAUCGAAAUCGACGAGCAUGAUACCGAGGAGAUCAUCUGGGCCAAGGAGGCUAGUGCAAAGCUUCAAGACCUGAUUUUCGAUGACCAGGGCGCCGGUUCGGAGAGCUUCCUCUCGAAACUCGCCUUGGAAGAGGAUGACGAGGAGAUGGAAUCCGACGAGGAUGAUUUUGUCUUUUGA